AUGCUUAAACAAUUGGUAUCAGGAAAUGAAGAUACUUUUGUAAAUAAAACAUUAUACUGCAAAAACCUUAAUGACAAAGUAAAUAAAAAGGAUCUGCGUGUUAUAUUAUAUGAAUUAUUUAUUCAAUAUGGAACAAUUCUAAAAAUAAUUGUCAAAGGUGGGUGUAAUAAUCGCGGACAAGCUUUCGUGCUAUUUGACAAUUUAAACUCUGCUAUAGAAGCACUUAAUAAUGUAAAUGGAAGAGUUAUAUUAGGAAAACCCAUUGUUAUCGAGUACGCAAAAAAGGAUUCUAAAGUUCCCAGCACUAAUUAG